CGCGGGUUUUGGUAAUACUUGUUUCUGGCUCCGUUUUGAACUUUUCAGUGUAGCCGGCUCCGAGCUUUGUUCACUCAACAUAUAGUUUCCGUUAUCAAAUUGUCUUAACCUCAUGCUUGAUUUGCUGCUAAUUGUUGUUUGUUGCUGUUGCCAUUAAGAGUCUCAAUCAGAAAACCAAUUAUCAAAUUUAAAUGACAGAAAAACGCUCCUCACGGAUACGAAAAGUUCACAAUUAUGCUCUAUUAGGUGACAGUGAUACGGAGUUCUUUGAUGAUGAUGAUGAACCCGUUAAAUUCAAGAAGACUAGUGAUAAAGAGGUCAAGUUGAUAAGCAAACCUUCAAAGACUAAGAAAAUGAUGAAAGAUACGGCCGUGAAGCAUUGUGAAACAAUUCAAACACAAAAGGAAAAGCCAUCUAACAUAAUAAUCAAUGAAGCAAAACUCACUAGUUCUAAUCCUUCGGCUUCCCAUUGUGAAACUUCAGAAUCUAUAACAAUUUCUAGCCACAAAUCUUUGUCAAGAUCCUCUCCUGCCAUUGUUUAUUCCAACUCAUUAGUCAAUAAUGUAACUACACCACCUUCAAAUAAAGCCUUUUUUCCUGUCACUCCGUCUAGUGGUCUUCGUCUUGGUUUAUCGCGUACAAAACGGUUACGACCUUUACAUGCAAAUGUGCGUAUAGCCUAAUUUAUGAUAUUUCUUAGACAUUGUAAAAAGGGAUUUUUAAAACCUAAUUUUUUUUACUGUGCAAUUCUCUUAUAAUAACUACUGCUUUGUGGAUUCUAAUAACUGAAUGUUCAGUUACUUCUUUGACUGUCAACACCAGUUGUUUUUAAUUCGUUCAUAUCAGUGUCUUUUUACUCAAAAUUUGACGUUAAUCUCACUAAAUAUUUUAAAUCAAUCUUUCAUAUUAUUUGAGAAUAAUUAUAGAAGAAAACCAGAUCGCGAUUGUCUUUUAACUAGCUUUCAUGUUAAAACCCCAGUGUUUUAUCAUCUUAGAUACGACACUUGCAUGGUAACUGGAUCUUAUUGUCAAUAACAAUAAUAGACUACAGUAUUCAGUUUGAAUGAAA